AGACUAUCGUAGGAAACACCGUUUCUCGACUGGAAACGGGUAAAGGCACUUUAAUUGGAGAAAUGGUGUUUGCCUAGUAACGAUUGACGAACUGCAGAAUGCGAUAACGAAAAUAAUAUAAGCGGAUGCUCAACGAUCGUAUCCAGUAAUCGCUCUCUUAUCACCGAGGUGUGGCAGGCAGCGUAGAAUUGCCCGUUCGAUUCCGUGUCUCGGCGAUCUUUCAAACAAAGCUUAGAGUGUUAUACUGACUCUGUCGCAAGGAACAAUUGUAAGCAACAUCCGCUCGAUCUUCGCGAGAUAAAGCGUCAACGAACGGGCAGGAAAAGGGGGGAAAAAAAAAGGGAAAAAUGGCAGACGAGAAAACUGUGUCGGACGAGCGAUUGCUCGGUUAUUUACACGCAUACGCGAAAACCAUCGAGCUGACGGCUCCGAAAUUUCGCAUAAUCGAGGGCACCAGCAAGGGCGAUAAUUACGUUGGCCUCAUUUAUCGCGUCACGAUCGAGAGCAUCGAGAACGGCGAAGUCAAGAAAAUCGAUCUUAUACUGAAAACUACGCAGAUUAACGCCGACGCUCUGCUGGAGGACAACAAUGUCGCACAGUUGUUCAAGCGCGAGAUAUUCUUCUAUCGAGAGGUGUUGCCCAUUUUCAAAGAGACUAUGAAGGGACGCGGCGAAUUUGUCGACCGCUUCCCUAUUUUAUACGACGCUAAUGACGAGUCCGGAAAACAGUUCCUGAUGCUGGAAAAUCUAACGCCCCAAGGUUUUAUGAUGGCCAAGUCAAAAAUUAUGGAUUAUCCGCAUCUCAGCUUGGCGUUACGAUGCUUAGGUGAAUUGCACGCGUACAGCUUUAUUACGCGUUCCGCGAAUCCGAUGGGCUUCGAGAAAUUAAAACGGAUGCAAGAACCCUUGUUUUCUCAAGAAUUGGCUGAAAAAAAAGCCGAUAAAGAUAACAUUAGUAAUAUUGUUACACAACGGCUCACCAAUGUCAUAUUGAAGGUUUUAGCAAACGAAGACAAACAUUAUUUCGAAAGGUACCAACGAUUCGUAGAUAAUAUAACGCAGAACAUGAUUGAUGCAACUGAUGGAAAAGCCGCUGAGCCAUACGCCGUUGUAAACCACGGUGACUCGUGGACCAACAACAUACUCUUCAAAUACGAUCAAGAUAAAAAUCCGUGCGACUUGCGUUUCAUAGACCUUCAGAUAUGUCGUUACGCGUCUCCCGUUUUAGAUCUAAUUUAUGUACUCUUCUGCUGCUGCACGCAAGAAACAAGGAGUAAAUAUUUCGAUCAGUUAAUACACGAAUAUUACGAAACACUAUCCAAGUGUAUCGAAAGAGCCGGUUACGACCCUAAAAUCCUCUUUCCUUACGAGGUAUUGUCCCAACAUUUUACCAAAUUUGGGAAAUACGCGGCGGGAAUGGCUACUUACACUGUACAUAUAAUGACUAGUAAUGGUUUGGACAUAAAAAGUACAUAUGACAAUGAUACGCUCCAAGAUAGAGUGCAAAAUGACAGUCUUUAUAGAAGUAUGUUAAUAGGCACUUUUAAGGAUCUCGUCGACAGAAAUUAUAUAUAAAUCAAUACUUUUACGAUAAUAUUGACAUCACGGGUACUAAAAACAAAGGAUCUUUAAUAUGACAAAUCUUGAGAUUAAAAGUAAAAUGCUUUAGUAUAUUAAACUUACAAUUAAAAACCAGUGUAACUGUACUACUAUAAGUCUGCUUAAUCGAGUUAAAGGAAUUUCAUUAACAAUGAUUUAUUUACAUAGACGUAACUUGUAAAAGUUAUUUGUCUUAUUUUAUGCUGAAAUAUCAUUUGAAAUAUCAGACAUAGAUAUCGCUGUUGACUUUUAAUAAACAAAAAUUUCAUUAUUAUUUCGGUCACUAAGAAUUUGCCGGUCACUAAUAAUUGCGCGAUAUAUAUAAUUUUUUUAUAAUUUUUUUACUGUACAGUAAAAUUGUUGCUUAUAUAAAUUUGUAACAUCUAUAUAUCUUUUCAUCAUUUGAAUCCACUCGAACUUUGAUAAAUCAGUUUUUAUAAACAAUUUCACUCAGGCAAAGGCGGAAAUUGUAUAAGAGAUAUAUUUUAAAAUGAAAUAUACAAUCUCAAAUAUACAAAAUAAAGACAAUCUACUACAUUGUUUGGUAAUAAAAGGAAUACUAGUUUAGUGAUAAUAUUUUAGCUCUAGUAAUAAGGUCUUCUUGGAUUAUUCUGAAAAAGAAAACGUAGUAAUUAAAAGCCAUUAGAUAUU